GGUGAGUUCCUCCGCGCGACGGGCAGGUCCGGUGAGGCACGGAGCUAAAUCUCUCAUUUCCGUUGAUUCUGUGUGCCAUUCGGAGGCCAACAGCUCGGUUUUACGGAUUUACGUAAUUUUGAAGAUUUUUGGAAGAUAGCUUCGUGCCCGGUACCAUACUUGGCGCAAAAUAACUAGAACCUGUGUACCUGACGCGGGCAAGUGAGCUUUUUCACGCAACCUACAACCAAAGGAACUCACCAUGUACGGAGGCAGCAGCUUCGGCAGUAGCUUCGGUGGCGGGUUCGGUGGCGGCUUCGGCGGAGGCCGCAUGAAGAGCAGCCAGCCCGGCGGCAACCUGCGCCGGCCGGACUGGGCCACCAUCAAGCUGACGCCCAUCCAGAAGGACUUCUACCAGCCGCUGCCGCAGGUGCUGGCCCGCGGGCAGUCCGAGAUCGAGGCGUACCGCAUCAGCAAGGAGGUGACGGUGCGCGGCUCCGUGGUGCCGGCGCCCAUGCUGGAGUUCAGUGACUGCACCAUGCCUGACUACAUCCUCAACACUAUCAAGAAGAACGGCUUCACGAACCCGACACCAAUCCAGGCUCAGGGCUGGCCGAUCGCCCUCUCUGGCAAGGACAUGGUGGGCAUCGCCCAGACAGGCUCGGGCAAGACGCUCGGCUACAUGCUGCCAGCCAUCAUCCACAUCAACCACCAGGACUACCUGCGACCGGGCGACGGCCCCAUCGCGCUGGUGCUGGCGCCCACCCGCGAGCUGGCCCAGCAGAUCUCCGAGGUGGCUAACGAGUUCGGCCGCAGCUCCAAGCUGCGCCACACGUGCGUCUACGGCGGCGCGCCCAAGGGUGGCCAGCUGCGUGACCUGGAGCGCGGCGUCGAGAUCGUGAUCGCCACGCCCGGCCGGCUGAUCGACUUCCUGGAGAUGGGCAAGACCAACCUGCGGCGCACCACCUACCUGGUGCUGGACGAGGCCGACCGCAUGCUCGACAUGGGCUUCGAGCCGCAGAUCCGCAAGAUCGUGGAGCAGAUCCGGCCCGACCGGCAGACGCUCAUGUGGAGCGCCACCUGGCCCAAGGAGGUGCGCCGGCUGGCCGAGGAGUUCCUGGUGGACUACACCCAGCUCAACGUGGGCUCGCUCGACCUCUCCGCCAACCACAACAUCCUGCAGAUCGUGGACGUCUGCGAGAGCCACGAGAAAUUCCAGAAGUUGUUCCGCCUCCUGGAGGAGAUCAUGGCUGAGAAGGAGAACAAGACUAUCAUCUUCACGGAGACGAAGCGCGGCUCUGAUGAGCUGACGCGCCAGAUGCGGCGCGAGGGCUGGCCUGGCAUGUGCAUCCACGGCGACAAGACGCAGCAGGAGCGCGACUGGGUGCUGCGCGAGUUCCGCAGCGGCCGCUCCCCCAUCCUGGUGGCCACGGACGUGGCCGCCCGUGGGCUCGACGUGACUGACGUCAAGUUCGUCAUCAACUUCGACUACCCGAACAACUCUGAGGACUACAUCCACCGCAUCGGGCGCACCGGGCGCAGCAACAACAGCGGCACGGCCUACACCUUCUUCACGCCCGAGAACGGCGCCAAGGCGCGGGACCUGGUGUCGGUGCUGCGCGAGGCGAACCAGGUGGUGAACCCCAAGCUGCUGGAGCUGGAGAACUCGUCCCGCGGCUACGGCGGACGCAGCCGGUACGGCGGCGGCGGACGGCGGUCGGGCGGCGGCGGCCGCGGCUUCGGCGGCGGACGGUGGUGAGCCCUGUGCGGCCUAGGGUAGACAUUCAAUGUUUAAUUUCACUUCAUCUCAUUUAGUGUUGCCACGCGCGCGCCGCCCCGUCUCGUGCUCGGGCCGGGUGUGCGCCGCCCGCGGCAGGAGCGGCCCGCACAUUCCACACUGGGAGCCGCCGGGCCGCCGACACGUCCCUGCAGAGGCCGCGGCGCCGGUCCCGGUCCCGGUCCCGGUCCCCCUCUCUCCGUCUCAGGCUCUGACUGCUGUAGUUGUAGCCCCGCCCGCCACCGCGCCGCGCCGCGCCUCGCGCGGUGCAAUGCUGCUGGGUGUCGCCAGAGCGCCGUCUGGGCUCUAAGAGCCGCCGGCCGGCGUACCUGAGUCGGUGUCUGCCAGGUGACGUCAAGAGACGCGCAAGCCUCCGUAGUGGAGUCGCCCACAUCAUUAGAGAACGUGCCGUGUCAUGGCGCCAGCGUCCAACACGACUUGACGGAAGAACCGGGACGUCCGCUCUGGAUGUGAACGUUGUAUUUAAUGUCGACCAGUCAACGUCUCAACACUGCUUGAACUGUGAACAACAAAGAUGUCCGUACUAGGAAACACGCUGUAUUACCAGUCGAGAGCGCUGAAGGCUGCUGAAGAUGUCAACUGACGCACCCGUACUGGAAAUACACGCUCUUUAAACGA